CCUCGAACAGAAUCCUGCUCAAUUUCGUCGAUAGAGUAGUCAGCGUGGUCAAAGACCUCUUCCGCGGGGCCCACCGGUCUCACGGUCUGUUCUCUCCCCUCCACAUCUCCAGUCUCUUCCAACCAUGGCCACCACCGCCGCUUCGCCGCCGCCGACCGCCGCCGAGGACAACGUCCGCCUCCUUCUCCCUGGAUUCCUCUCCCCCGAGACCUGCAAGGAGCUGGAGUUCGUGCACCGGAGCUGCGGGACGGCGGGGUACCGGCCUUCGGUGGUGUCUACAUCGCUGCCGCAUCUAGCUGCCACCGGCUGCGGCCACCUACUCCUCCCCUUCGUGCCCAUCCGCGAGCGACUGCGCGACGCCGUCGAGUCCUUCUUCUCCUGCCACUUCGACCUCUUCGUCGAGUUCACCGGACUAGUCAGUUGGUGCAAGGGUGCUUCUAUUGGAUGGCACAGUGACGACAACAAACCUUACCUUAGGCAAAGAGCCUUCACGGCUGUCUGCUACUUGAACAAUCAUGGAAAGGACUUUAAGGGUGGACUGUUGAAGUUUCAGGAUGGUGAACCCUCCUCUGUUAUUCCAGUUGCUGGUGAUGCUGUCAUCUACACUGCUGAUAAUCGUAAUGUCCAUUGUGUAGAUGAGGUAACUGAGGGUGAAAGGCUCACACUUACUCUUUGGUUCACUAGAGAUAGUUCCUUUGACGAGGAUCCAAAGCUCCUUAGUUUUCUAUCCCAGACAUCACUGAGCUAUGAGCCAGCUGAUCAGAACUCUUACAUUCCUUUGCCGGCCUCAGAUAACAUGUACUGGUUUUCCUACGAUCAGUCUGGCUUUGACAUACGAUGUGCUAGAAUGCACAUUCUUGGGUUUAGUUUUCGUGCAAGCAGCGAUGAAGACAGUAAGAGUACAUCUGCUGCACCAGCUGAUGACCCCAUAGAGUUGCUUGGGAAGCCACUGCGAAUUGGGAGAGCAGAUGAUGUCUUUGGGAAGAUAUUUGCCAACAGCUUGCAUGCUCUUCAGGUGGUUCAGUUUUACUACUGGAAAGCACCUGAGCUGGCAUCAAGGAGAAACCAGACUACUGGUGGUUCAGAAACAGUUUGCUAUCCUACUAUACAAGUACAACGGUCAAGUGGAACGGAACUUCCAUUACCGUGUAACCAUGGACUUGCACAAACCAUAUUUGGAUCAUAUGGCAAUGUGGAUUCUGUUAUUGAAUGGGAUGAUGUUGUGUUAGCUCUUGCUAUGUGGGAGAAUUAUUCAGAAGAAUUGAAGAGAAAGUUGUCGAUAUUCUUGCCAAAUUGGCUGUCCAAUGGAACCAUUUUUGUUGUAGAUCCCUCCGAGCCCACCCAGGUAUGUGGCGAAGGGAACUAAACACUGCCCUUACAAAAAUGAAAAUUAUAGCAACAUAACAAUGAUGGUAGGUAGCAUUACGUCUGACAAGGCCGUGGAGAGUUUUUGAUUUAACUGUUGCUCAUUGGGGUAAUCUCUCUAAGAUGGAUUCACUGGUGUUAAAACAUUAUGGAAGACCGUUCCUUGAUAUAUGUAUUUCAGAUAGCUUUCAUGUGGCUUAAUAUAGACCUAUUCUGUUUUA